UAUCUUGGAGCCUGACUACCCCCUGGAGGCUGAAGUGGGAAGGACAACAUAACCUCACACAGGCUGAGCAGCAACAGGACAAAGUUUAGAAAAUGAUGGACUCCAUAUCUAACAAUUCUCCACUUUACCAGUACUUACAGGAUCUGGGACACACAGACUUCGAAGUAUGUUCUUCUCUGUCACCAAAACCAGAAAAAUGCACAGUGACAGAGGGACAACAAAAGCCUCCUGCAAGAGCCCUGCCAAAACGAGGCAUCCUGUUAAAAGUGGCUGAAACCAUCAAAAGCUGGAUUUUGGUUCAGUGCAGUAAGAAUGAUGACUUACUUCACAAGUUGGAUAUUGGAUUCCGACUCAACUCACUACAUACCAUCCUGCAACAGGAAGUCCUGUUACAAGAGGAUGUGGAACUGAUUGAGCUACUUGAUCCCAGUGUCCUGUCUGCAGGGCAACCUCAACAACAGGAAAAUGGACACCUUCCAACACUUUGCUCCUUGGCGACCCCUAAUAUUUGGGAUGUCUCAGUGCUAUUUGCCUUCAUUAGUUUGCUCAUUAUGCUUCCCACUUGGUGGAUUGUAUCUUCCUGGCUGCUAUGGGGAGUGAUUCUAUUUGUUUAUCUGAUCAUAAGAGCUUUGAGAUUAUGGAGGACAGCAAAACUACAAAUAACCCUAAAAAAAUACAAUGUCCAUUUGGAAGAUAUAGCAACAAAUAGCCGAGGUUUUACUAACCUCGUGAGAAAAGCUUUACGUCUCAUUCAAGAAACUGAAGUCAUUUCCAGAGGAUUUACACUUUUGCUUGACAGGGUCAGUGCUGCUUGCCCAUUUAAUAAAGCUGGACAGCAUCCCAGUCAGCAUCUCAUCGGUCUUCGGAAAGCUGUCUACAGAACUGUAAGAGCCAACUUUCAAGCAGCAAGGCUAGCUACUCUAUAUAUGCUGAAAAACUACCCCCUGAACUCUGAGAGUGACAAUGUAACCAACUACAUCUGUGUGGUGCCUUUUAAGGAGCUGGGCCUUGGACUUAGUGAAGAGCAGAUUUCAGAAGAGGAAGCACAUAACCUUACAGAUGGCUUCAGCCUGCCUGCAUUGAAGGUUUUGUUCCAACUCUGGGUGGCACAGAGUUCAGAGUUCUUCAGGCGAUUAGCCCUGUUACUUUCUACGGUUAAUUCACCUCCUGGGCCCUUACUUACUCCAGCACUUUUGCCUCAUCAUAUUUUAUCUGAUGUGACUCAAGGUCUACCUCAUGCUCAUUCUGCCUGUUUGGAAGAGCUUAAGCGCAGCUAUGAGUUCUAUCGGUACUUUGAAACUCAGCACCAGUCAGUACCCCAGCGUUUAUCCAAAACUCAGCAGAAGUCAAGAGAACUGAAUAAUGUUCACACAGCAGUACGCAGCUUGCAGCUCCAUCUGAAAGCAUUACUGAAUGAGGUAAUAGUUUUUGAAGAUGAACUUGAAAAGCUUGUUUGUACUAAAGAAACACAAGAACUAGUGUCAGAAGCUUAUCAAAUCCUAGAACAGAAAUUAAAGUUGAUUCAGCCCCAUGUUCAAGCGAGCAACAAUUGCUGGGAAGAGGCCAUUUCUCAAGUGGACAAGUUGCUACGAAGAAACACGGAUAAAAAAGGCAAACCUGAAAUGGCAUGUGAAAACCCACACUGUACUGUGGUACCUUUGAUGCAGCCUCCUCUACACAUUGCAGACAAGGAUCCAAUCCCUGAGGAGCAGGAGUUAGAAGCUUAUGUAGAUGAUAUUGAUAUGGACAGUGAUUUCAGAAAGGAUGAUUUUUAUUACUUGUCUCAAGAAGACAGAGAGAGACAGGAGCGUGAGCAUGAAGAAUCCAAGAGGGUCCUCCAAGAACUAAAAUCUGUGCUGGGAUUUAAAGCAUCAGAGGCAGAAAGGCAGAAGUGGAAGCAACUUCUAUUUAGUGAUCAUGCUGUGUUGAAAUCCUUGUGUCCUGUAGACCCAGUGGAACCCAUAAGUAAUUCAGAACCAUCAGUGGAUUCAGAUAUGGGGAAAGUUUGUAAAAAUGAUACUGAAGAGGAAAAUAAUAAACCCUCUACAACCGACAAUGAAAUAAGUAAUAGGACUGAGUAUUUAUGUGAAUACCCUCUAGAUGGUAAAAAUAAAGACAAUUCUGCAAAUGAAGUCUUCCUCCAAGGAGCUGAAGAAAGAGCGUAUUACCAAUGUGAGAGUGAAGAUGAGUCCCAGCAGGCUGAUGCAGGUGGCCUGGCCCCUGCCCACCCAACCCACGGGGCCUCAUCGCAGCCCUCCAUCAAGCAGAGGCUGGCACAGCUACAGCUGUCACCGGAUUUUACCUUCACUGCUGGCCUCGCUGCAGAAGUGGCUGCUAGAUCUCUCUCCUUUACUACCAUGCAGGAACAGACUUUUGGUGAUGAGGAGGAAGAAGAAAUAAUGCAAGAAAAUGAAAAUGAGGUAGAAGAAAAGUAAGAACCAAGAUUUACAUUAAGGAUUUUAAAUUGUUCUUUUUUGUGAAAGUGUUUUACCUUCAAGACUAGAUAUUCCACUGGAAAGGGAAAAUGAGUGUAAGUUUACUAUAUUUAAAGCUAAGAUGUGAAUUUACAGGAAGAACCCUGGUUUGAACAACUGAUCUGAAAAGUCGUUUACCUGUAAAUGGCAGAUCUUUUAGGAAAAUAAGAGAAAGGUAAGGGCUCUUUUGAAUAAACUGCUACUUUAUUUUCAGCACAACUGAUUGAUCUUGGAAAUUCUUUAAGUAUCUUUAAUAACAAAUGAAUUUAUCAUUUCUUGCCAGAAUUUACUACCAUAUAAUGACUGGGGUAAUUCUGUUGCAAGAACAUUAACAUUUAGUAUGGCUCCUUUUUACUGUAUUCUUGCAGUUAAUGACUGCAGCUGUCAUGUCAGUAACAAGUUGUUUGUAUUUUAUUUUUGUUUAUACCAGUCUUAAAACAAAGAUACACGUUCUGAAUAAAAAAAAACUGAAUUCAUGCAA